AAAAGAGAAAGAGAAAGAGGCGUUUUGAUGCACUUUACUCUUUUUGUCUGAAUCUUAAUCGUCUCAAUUCACACAACCUCAUCUCAUCUCAUCCUCGUCAGCUUCUCUUCGAUCUUCUAUUUGUCUUCUUCAAUCUUCAAUCUUGGAUCUUACUUAUUGUUCUUCCACUCAACUCUGUCACGAAGCUGAUUGCUUGGAACCGAAGAAAGAGAAGACGAACAAUGGCAGAAAUGGCAAUCUCAGGAGCAAUAACUGCAAUUAACAAGGUACCGUUUCUCUACAAAAUAUGUUCCGCCGGCGACCGUCAAAACAUUGAAGAAGUAAGAAACUGGUUGAAUACUAUGAUAGCUUACCUGAAGGACACGGAAGCAAGAGAAGAUACAGCAGAUUGUAAGGAUCGAGUUCAACGAUUGCAAGAUUUAGCAUAUGAGACUCAAGAUGAAAUUGAAGAGUUCAUGUAUGAAGUUCCUGAACACUUCCAUCAUAGUCGGAUCACGAAAUUUCUUCACGAGGUUGCUCACUCUGUUAAGGACGUUCCUCCACUGAGGCGAUUUUCCUCCCGCAUGGCAGAUAUCAAGAAAAAAGUCGACGACAUCACAGACUUUGAUAUACUACAGCUGGAGAGGUGUCAGGGACUUAUAAUUCAUUUUCCAGGAAUGACCAUCAUGUUCUUGAUCGUGUUUUAAGGGAAGAUCAGCCACUUCUUGAAGUAAUUUCAGUAAUCGGAGACCCGGGUUCAGGUGAAUCCACUGUUAUCCACGAAGUCUUUGAAAUGGUCAAAAAUAGUUUUGAUUGCAAUGUGACGACUUGUUAGAGGAACUUUGUCAGGCACUGGAAUUACCUUUCGACCCAGGAAGACCAAAAGAAAGGAGUUUGCAGUCUCAUUUACAACCAAAAAGAUUCAUCCUUGUCUUUGAUGGUAUUUGGUCUGAAGAUCAAUGGCACCGCAUUAAAAAGUUACUUCCUUGUAAUAUAAAACAGGCAGUAAAAUAAUCAUCUCCACUCGUAAUCGCAAUUUAGCUUCUUAUUGUACAAGCUCUCAUGAUUAUAUCUAUGAUCUCAACCUUAGUCCAUUAGCAUCGGAAGAGGCUUUGGAGCUCUUUUGUAAGAAGGUCUUUCAAGGUGAUAAAUGCCCGGAUCAUUUGGUUGAUUGGUGUAAGAAAAUUAUGAGAAGAUGUGAAGAAUCACCUCAGGCAAUUUCUUAUCAAAAAGAAGAGUGCCACUUAAUGAGACGGAGUUUAAGAAAGUACUUGAGAUCCUUGAAUUUGAUCCAGGUCAUCGUCUCUCUCUUUCCUGCUAUAGAAUUUUCUUGCAUAGUUAUUACCAUCUAUUGCCCAACCUCAACCUCAGGUCUUGUUUCUUGUACUUUCACAAUUUUCCCGAGGAUCAAUCUGUUACACGUGGAAGACUAAUCCACCAAUGGAUAGGUUGCGGGUUCAUUGAGAAAAAAGAAGGUAAAACUCUGGAGCAGGUGGCAAAUGAGUACUUAGAUGAGCUAGUUCAAAUGAGCAUGGUUCAGGUGACCAGGCGAGAUUUUGAAGGACGAAUAAGGAGUUGUCGAGUUUCUAAUCUUGCAAGAGGGUUCAUCCUUUCCGUGUCUGAGAAGGAGAACUUCAUUAAUGUUCUUAGAAGUCCAAGUGCCAGUUUGGGAGGUGGGAAAACCCGUCGCUUAUCUCUUCACAAUUGCUUCCCCUCCAUGCUACAAAGGACAAACCUCUCUUAUGUUCGUACCUUUUCUAUGUUUGGGGUAGACAAUUUUCAGAAUCAAUGGCCCAUGAACUUUUCAAAAACUUCAAGUUGAUGACAAGUCUAGACCUGGAAAAUGCAGGCUUGCAACAUUUUCCAGGAGAAGUUGUCAACCUCACCCUCCUAAGGUACCUAAGUUUGAGGAGUACAAGGAUUGAUUCAGUUCCAAAUUCUAUUAAGAAGCUUCAGAACCUAAUGGUUUUGAACCUUAGAAAUACUCUUAUCACCAAGUUGCCCAAGAAGACUCUUGAACUUCCUAAGUUGCUCUAUUUGUUUGUUGGUUGCCCAUAUGUUGAUGUAGGAGCACAAGUGUAUCCAGGAGUUAAGUGUUCCACUUCGUUGCAGAAGCUGUCACUUAUCAAGGCAAACUAUAAGGAAACAAGCAUUGUUAAAGAGUUGGGGAACUUCAUUGAUCUGAGGAAACUAGGGAUCACAGAACUCAAGGAAAUAGAAGGAAAAGAUUUGUGUGCAUCCAUUGAGAAGAUGAAGCAUCUUUAUUCUUUGUCUGUGAGCUCAGCUGGCAAAGAGGUGUAUCUUGAUUUGAAAGACAUGAAAAAGUCUCCUCAACUGCUUGAAAAACUAUCUCUUGGAGGGAGAUUGAAGGAAAUUCCAGCAUGGGUUGGUGAACUCUAUAAUUUGUAUAAAAUUGAGCUCAAAUGGUCAAAACUGCAAAACAGCCCACUUGAGGCCCUUCAUGCUUUGCCUUCUCUAAAGGAGCUACAUCUCUAUGCUGCUUACACUGGUGCAUUUCUGGUAUUUAAUGCUCAAUCAUUUCUAGAAUUGAGGAUACUAGAAAUUGAACAAUGCGAUCAGUUAAUCGAGGUAGUGAUUCUAGAACAAGCACUGCCUAAACUUCAGAAGCUGAUUAUAAUAAAUUGUCACUGCCUAGACAUGGUGCGCAUAACAAAAAAUAUGCGAAGCCAGCUGGAGGAAGUGCGUGUUUCACAGGACUGUGUUAGAAUAAUAGAAGAAUGAAAAUCAUUGUGGCUGAAGCACCUUUGUGAUUGAGAUUGAAAGCUCUGAGAGAAGAAUUGAUGUAACAGUAUAUUCAUGGAGUUGCGGAGGCUGGAUUAUUAACUAUUUAUGUAAUUCUUGGAAUUUUUCAUUGCAUUUGCAGACCUUUUGUUAUUAGAGAUUUCUAUUAUGUUAUUUUCUAUGGAUUUUCUAAGAGUGCUUGUAUUUUCCCAUAAAAAAAAGAGUGCUUUUUUUAUUUUAGAGAUUUUAUUGUGGAUAUAUUUUGACCUUGAUUCUUAACAAGGUUUAACUUUGCUUGAUAUAUUUAUGUGUUGGAAUAAUUUUGUA